AAUGGGGAAAAAUCGAGGAAAAAAAAGAAGGAAAAAUAGAAGAGGAGCCUUUGCGGAAUCGUGAAGGCCGCCGGCUCUCUUGGUUUGGGAGGGGUUCUUGGUCUCUGAUUCGCUUCUUUUUAAUCAGUUGAGAUGUAUUGGAUUUUCUCGAGGUGUUGGCACUGAACUGUUGUGACGUGGGUCUCUUGUUCUCGAUUGGAUCAUUGAGCUUUCUCAUGUCUGCAAACUUUUUAUUUUGUCAAUAAUAUCAAAGGAGUUGUCUUUGGAGUUCUGUCGUACAUACAAUUAGGCAUCACGAAGUGUUUUCAGGUUGGUCGAUCCAAGAAUAUGGGAAUAUAUCUUAGUACUCCAAAAACGGAAAAGUUCUCUGAAGAUGGAGAGAAUGCCAAGCUUAGAUUUGGUCUUUCUUCUAUGCAAGGAUGGCGUGCCACUAUGGAAGAUGCUCAUGCUGCUUUGCCUGAUCUUGAUGCUUCCACCGCAUUCUUUGGCGUAUAUGAUGGCCACGGAGGAAAAGUAGUCGCCAAGUUCUGUGCAAAAUUUCUUCACGCCCAAGUGCUCAAACAAGAGGCCUACUCUGCUGGUGACUUAGGUGCUUCUAUUCAGAGAGCUUUUUUCAGAAUGGAUGAAAUGAUGAAAGGACAGAGAGGGUGGAGAGAAUUGUCUGUGUUGGGAGAUAAGAUAAACAAGUUUACUGGUAUGAUAGAAGGUCUGAUCUGGUCUCCAAAGGGUAGUGAUUCAAAUGACCAACAAGAUGACUGGGCUUAUGAGGAGGGGCCCCAUUCUGACUUCACUGGGCCAACUUCUGGUAGCACUGCAUGCGUAGCAGUUAUCAGGAACAACCAACUAAUUGUUGCAAAUGCUGGUGAUUCUCGUUGUGUAAUCUCAAGAAAGGGUCAGGCCUACAAUUUGUCAAGGGAUCACAAGCCCGAGCUUGAGGCUGAGAGAGAUAGGAUUUUAAAAGCGGGUGGCUUCAUUCAUGCAGGACGAGUUAAUGGAAGUUUGAACCUUGCAAGAGCGAUCGGAGACAUGGAAUUCAAGCAGAACAAGUUUCUGCCCGCUGAAAAGCAAAUAGUAACUGCCAACCCUGAUUUAAGCGUUGUUGAUCUAUGUGAUGAUGAUGAUUUUAUUGUCCUAGCAUGUGAUGGCAUCUGGGAUUGUAUGUCAAGCCAGCAGCUUGUAGAUUUCAUCCAUGAACACAUAAACAUUGAGACCAGUUUAUCAGCUGUAUGCGAGAGAGUCCUCGACAGAUGCUUGGCUCCUACUACAGCCGGCGGAGAGGGAUGCGACAACAUGACCAUGAUCCUGGUUCAGUUCAAGAAACCGAUAAACUCUGACGCUGCCACCUCCGGUCAAUCAGCACAGACUGCAUCAGAGACACAAACGACAUCGAAAGAAGUGAAGAAUGAGAUUGCAAACUAGUGAAUUCACCGGUGACUGGACGGGCAUCUCUCCGACGAACCAUAUAGAACCCGACAAACCCUUAAACUAAAAGAAAAAUCAAUACUUUUGUGUUGAGCCACAAUGCAACAUUUGAUGAUUGUACAUAUUUCUCUGUAUCACUAAUAGUGUUGAUGAUUAUCAUGGAUUUUUUUUUUCUUUUUUGUUUUUCUCUGAAUUCAUUGGAUUUAUCAUCACAUUUUAGUAGCAAACUUGGUACUA